AUCUAUUCUUCUUUUGCAGUGUGUGGGGAUAUCCAUGGCCAGUUUUUUGACUUGAUGAAGUUAUUUGAAGUGGGAGGAUCACCUGCCAACACGCGUUACCUCUUCUUGGGAGACUACGUUGACAGAGGAUACUUCAGCAUUGAAUGUGUGCUGUACUUGUGGGCCUUGAAAAUUCUAUAUCCCAAAACUCUGUUUUUACUCCGCGGGAAUCAUGAAUGUAGACAUCUAACAGAGUAUUUUACCUUCAAACAAGAAUGUAAAAUAAAAUAUUCAGAAAGAGUGUAUGAUGCCUGCAUGGAUGCCUUUGACUGCCUUCCUUUGGCUGCUCUGAUGAACCAACAGUUCCUAUGUGUACAUGGUGGCUUAUCUCCGGAAAUCAACACUUUAGACGACAUUAGAAAAUUAGAUCGCUUUAAAGAACCCCCUGCAUAUGGACCCAUGUGUGAUAUUUUGUGGUCAGAUCCUCUGGAAGACUUUGGGAAUGAGAAAAGCCAAGAACAUUUCACUCACAACACAGUUAGAGGGUGCUCUUAUUUUUACAGCUAUCCAGCUGUCUGUGAAUUCCUUCAGCACAAUAACUUGUUAUCUAUACUUCGAGCUCAUGAAGCCCAAGAUGCUGGGUAUCGUAUGUAUAGAAAAAGCCAAACAACAGGCUUCCCCUCCCUAAUUACAAUAUUUUCAGCACCAAAUUAUCUAGAUGUAUACAAUAAUAAAGCUGCAGUAUUGAAGUAUGAAAACAAUGUCAUGAACAUAAGGCAGUUUAAUUGUUCUCCUCAUCCAUACUGGCUUCCAAAUUUCAUGGAUGUCUUUACCUGGUCCUUACCUUUUGUUGGAGAGAAAGUGACAGAAAUGCUGGUAAAUGUUCUCAGCAUCUGCUCUGAUGAUGAGCUGGUAUCAGAUGAAGAUGAUGGAGCAACAGCUGCAGCUCGUAAGGAAGUAAUCAGAAACAAGAUUCGAGCUAUUGGGAAAAUGGCAAGAGUGUUCAGUGUACUGAGAGAAGAGAGUGAAAGCGUGUUGACUUUGAAAGGUCUCACACCUACUGGGAUGCUGCCGAGUGGAGUUCUUUCUGGAGGAAAACCAUCUCUCCAGAGCGCUACUGUUGAGGCUAUAGAGGCCGAUGAAGCAAUCAAAGGAUUCUCGCCACAGCAUAAGAUUACUAGCUUUGAAGAGGCCAAGGGUUUGGACCGCAUUAACGAAAGGAUGCCACCUCGUCGAGAUGCUAUUCCUUCAGAUGCCAACCUUAAUUCUAUCAACAAGGCUAUUUCUUCAGAGACCAAUGGCACUGACAGCAAUGGCAGCAACAGCAGCAAUAUUCAGUGA